UCACAUUUAAGCUUUAUGACCUAGAUGGCACAGGAUAUAUUGAGCGCGAUGAGGUAUAUUGGGUUUGCUAUCCCCUAAUUCUCAAUCCUCAGCUUUCAUUUUACAAUGUCUAAACAAUGACCUGGAUGAGGUAUAUUGAUGUCUAAACAAUGUCUUGUUUUACUUAGCAAUACUGUGGACCCUGCUUUAAGGGAUCAUAAAUUUGUGCAAUAUGGUUCUCAGCUUGUUUGUUGGUGUUGUUUGGCUGUAGGCAGACAGAUCUUCAUUCAAUGCUUAUUGUCUUGUUCCUGUGUGGUGAUUUUUGCCUCAAAGUUCGCAGUUGAGGUGGGGAGAGUUAUGUUGGCAUGUUUGUUUGAUUUGCUCUUUUAAUCUUAUAACAUUACUCAAUGUGAUUUUCCUUCUCUUGGCUGGUCAUAUAACCUUGCAUGAUCAUUGUGCUCUAAACUAUAGUGAUUGUGUAAAUUAAAUUAAACUAGUGAUAAAACAGGUGCUUCAAUACCAACAUUUUUUCAAUUCGCAAGUGCUAUUUGGUGUGAUGCUUCGCUGGAUGAUCCUUUAGGUUGCAUAGUAGUGCCUUUAUUGUCUUAGAUGUUCUAGUAUGCACUUGAUCAUAAUUCUACAUGCUUUGUAAUAGUACACUUGUAUACCUUGCAUGUUAACAAGUUUGUUAUAAUGUUCAUAUGAGCUGAUAUUUAUAUUUUUGCAAGUGAGGCAAAUGUUGAUCGCAAUUCUUUGUGAAUCUGAACUGAAGUUGGCAGAUGAUAUAAUCGAACAAAUACUUUAUAAGAUCAAGCUGGAAUCUGCAAAGUCUAAAUUUCAGAAAUGGCAUUCUUCAUUUCAGGAUGAGUCUUUUAUAUCCCCAGCUACUACUCCAGGCUACUUUAACAAUCAUGAGGCGACUGUUUCAACUCUCACUUCAGAUGGUUGGCUAAAAACAGGGGAUGUGUGCUAUUUUGAUGAAGAUGGCUUAUGGUUUUCAAUUGAUCCUUUGACUGAAAUAUGCUAGUUAAAUGAAAUGCAAGAAAGGUACUUAGAGAUAAGUCUAGAUUAUUUAAUUUUUUUUAGACGAAAAUUGUAAUA